UGGAUUUUAAAGCAUGUAUAUUCCCUUCUCUUUUUUCCUCAGGUGCUAGGUGGAAUUGAACCAAGUCUGUACACGGGUAAUAUUUGGUAUACACCUAUCAAAGAGGAGUGGUACUAUCAGGUUGAAAUUCUCAAGCUGGAGGUUGGAGGACAGAAUCUCAACUUGGACUGCAGAGAGUAUAAUGCAGAUAAGGCAAUAGUAGACAGUGGUACCACCCUCCUUCGGCUGCCCCAGAAAGUCUUCAGCGCUGUUGUGCAAGCCAUAGUUCACACGUCCCUGAUACAAGAAUUCUCUUCUGGUUUCUGGACUGGUUCACAGCUUGCAUGCUGGGAUAGAAGUGAAAGACCAUGGUCCUUAUUUCCCAAACUCUCCAUUUACCUGAGGGAUGAAAAUGCCAGCAGGUCGUUUCGGAUUUCUAUCCUUCCACAGCUUUAUAUUCAACCCAUUCUUGGAAUUGGGGAGAAUCUACAGUGCUACCGGUUUGGGAUCUCUUCCUCCACAAAUGCCCUAGUUAUUGGUGCUACCGUCAUGGAAGGCUUCUAUGUGAUAUUUGACAGAGCUCAGAAGAGAGUGGGCUUCGCAGUGAGUCCAUGUGCAGAAGUUGAUGGCUCUCCAGUAUCUGAGAUUGAAGGCCCUUUCACAACCACGGAUGUUGCAAGCAACUGUGUUUCUAGCGUUUCUUUCCACGAACCAGUGUUGUGGAUUGCCUCCUACGCUCUCAUGAGCUUGUGUGGAAUUAUCCUCCUGGUACUGAUCAUCCUACUGCUUAUCCCACCGCGGUGUCAGCACCGCUACACUGACAAUGAUGUGGUCAAUGACGAAUCCUCCUUAGUGCGUCAUCGAUGGAAAUGAGAAACUUGAUCAUCAAACCUGGAACUUAAACACAAUGGAGAAUAAAGUACUUUGCCAAGGAGAAGAAGCCAACGCCUCAGUCCUUUCUACGUCCAUUACAGAUUGCUGUUGAAAUCCCUCCAGAUACCCUGCGUCAUGAUUUUUAAGCUUUAUUUUCUAACACUGAUUCUGAACCAAAGCACUAUUAACCACCUCUUAAGUGCUGCUCUACUGGAUUUGCUACUAUAGUACAAUGAGCCUUUAUGCCCUCAUUAGUACCUUCCUUUUU